AUGACCUUUGAACUGCUCAAGACCGCCGUUAAGGAUGGCGGUGCCAGACUCGGCCGUCUGGCCUUCUCAGGUCGUCGUACUGUCGACACUCCCAACUUCUUUGGCCUCACUUCGAGAGGUGUCAUCCCUCACGUAACCCCAGACAAUGUCGAGAAGCACUUACAUACCAAUGGCACUUAUAUGGCCUUGGAGGACUUCAUCGAGCGUCCCCAGCAAUACAUGACCCGCUCACCUCCCAUCUACGAGACCCCCUCGCCCAUCAACAAGCCCUUGAACAGCUUCACAGCCAUGCCCUCCUCCAUCAUCACCGUUCUCGGCUCAAGAAGACUUCCCGCUGUCGCCUCCCCUAUGGGCAACACCAACCAGGGCAUCUCCGUCUUCACCUCCACCGGCUUCCAAGCCGUCACCACAAAGGAGUACCUCAACGCCGUCCAGUCCCUCAACCCCGACAUCGCCAUUCCCCUGGCCGACCUCACCCACAAGACCAACACGCCCACCUCCAAGCGCGCCCUCCGCAUGGCUGAGCGCACCGACGACUGGAUCAAGGAAUGGUUCACCGAGAUGUAUAAAAACAAGGACUCCAAGAUCGCAACCUUCGCCCCCGUCCUUCCCAUCAGCUACUCCAUGCAAUGGGAGUAUCUCGAGCGUUUGUCUGAAGAGCACGCAUCCAACCCUGCCGGCCUCUCAGAAAUACAAAAACCUCGACACCCUCCCCGCCUGGCUCUCACUGCGCCCUCCACCCCCCAUCAAGUCCUUCGCCAGUUGGCUCUGGGAAUGGAUAUCUUCCUCCUUCCCUUCCUCUCGACCGCUUCCGACGCUGGCAUCGCGCUGUCGUUUACCUUCCCUCCUCCUCCUCCUGGCUCUUCUGAGUCUUCAGAACUCCUCCCCCUAGGAAUCGACAUGUCCUCCCCUGAGCAUUCCAUCUCCCUCACGCCCCUAACCGACUCCUGCACCUGCUACGCCUGCACCACGCACCACCGCGCCUUUGUGCAGCACCUGCUGUGCGCCAGAGAAAUGCUGGGCUGGACGCUGUUGCAGAUCCACAAUCACGCCGUGUUGGCUUCCUUCUUUGCUUCCAUCCGCGAGGCGCUGGCUGAUGGCACGUUUGAGGAGAAGGCGAAGCAGUUUCAGCUGAGGUACGAGCCGGAGAUCCCGACGGGAUUGGGAGAGAGGCCCAGGGCGAGGGGAUAUCAUUUUAAGAGCGAGGGACCGAAUGAGCAGAAGAAGAAUAAACCUGCGUGGAGCAAGUUUGAGGGUGAGGAGGGUGAGCAGGUCAAGGAGGGUGAGAAGAAGGUUGAGGGGACUGUCGCGGAAAAGGUGGGAGAGUUGAGGAUACAGGAUGAGCAGAGUGGUAGCUCUGGGUUGGGAUCGGGUGUUGACUCGGUGGCUGAGACACCGUUGGUUCCGGAUGAGAAUGCUGAUGCGAAGGAUUUGGAGGAGAAGGGGUUUGCCGAGAGGGUCGAGGAGGAGAAGAAGUGA